CCCGCUGCCGUGUGUUCGGGGUCGGAGUUCGUGAGUAAAAACAAGAUGGCAGCCGGCGCGCCCCGGACCCCCUGCCGUCUGUGACAGGGGUGACUAAACAGAGAGAGAGCGCAGGAAAGAGGCGGACCACGGCCACUGCUGCUCCUAGCGAGGGUUGAGUCCCUGGCACGGAGGCCUCCCCGCUCUGUGAAUAAGGCCGGAAACAACAAAGAGAAUCACAAUUCUAACAACCAACCAAGUGAUAUCUCAGCUGGUGACUUCCCUGAUAAUUGUGGACAUGAGGACAGUGAUUAUCUUGAUGAUCAAUGUCAGAGUAAGCUGCAACAAUGAACCAUUCUUUAGAAAACUCCAUUCCAUAUGAAGAUUACUUGAGAAUGAAAGCACAGACCAUUCCCCCACACCGCAUGAAGGAAUUAUUAGAUUCACUCAAUGGAAAGGGAGCCGAGGAAAUGCAGCAGUUUGUACACUCUCCGAUUUCUGUCUAUCAACAAAGGAACCAUUUCUUCUACAUGGACAGUGCAGACGUGGCAGGGUCUUUGUUGGAGCUUGCUAGGCCCAUUGCAUCUCCUUUACAGCACCCUACAGUAAGUCCUGGAAUUCCUCUUGAUCAGCAUCACCUCCCAAUGCACCAUGUACAGUUGCGACAGAGCCACAAUAUUGAUAUUCAGCAAGGCCAGACAAAUAAGACUUUGCAGCAGCAGGUUGAUGUACAGCCUGUUUCUGAUGGACAAAAUGCUAGCAUUGUUGGUUCAUCAACCUCACAGGAUAGGAGGUCAUGUUCAUCAGGAUUGUCUCAACCAGUAAAAAAAAGAAAAUUUGAUUUUCCGAUUGAAGAUGGCUACACUGUUAAUCACACAUCCAUACAAAAUGCUCCUGCAGUCCUUGCAUUGCCUGUGCAGAGCCAGCAACAAGCCUACAUUCCUCUUCGCCAAGAGCUGCUAACUGUAGAUAGUAGUCAGUUGUAUGGACUAGUGCCUGCAAGUUCGUCGACUGCUGGACAGUUACCUAAUGUGGAGUCAUGGGCAAUAUUUUCUGCCCAUGCUACUUGCCCUGAGUCUCAAACUUUAAUAAAUAAUUCUGUACCUCAGGAUAACUGUGGAUUAGUACAGAUGGGAGAAAUUCCAAUGAAUCCAAACAGCAUUAAAUUAGAAGAAGGCAAAGAGACCUUUGAAGUAAAAAAGAACCUCUCUGAUAAAACGACACAUAAUGCUGGCACAUCUGGGUUUCCUAUGUCAAUACUAAACAUGAACGGGAAUAUUCAAAUUCCAUUACCCUUACAAACAGGGGGACGGGUAUAUCAGUCUACAAAAUACUGGGAUCAACAAGUGCAGUCUCAAGGGCUGCAGUGUUCCACAUCUGAGCCACACCUCCGAUUACAAAGUAAUGCUGAUUUUCCUUGUACCCUUAAACCAGAAGAAGGAGCUUUACUAUGGAAGAAUUGGGCACAGAUCAAAAAUGAAGAAACAUUGAAAGAAGCUGAAAACAGAUUGUGGUUUGGAAGAAGAAAACCCCUAGUUUUCAAAGAUGAUGUUCUUUCAGUGCCAAUUGCAGAACUAAAUUUUGGGUUGUGCUUGAUAACCAAAGAAGCAAAAAAGCACGAUGGUUCUCAAUAUGAUGCAGACAUGUUGUUUUAUUUACUACUUUGUUUACAAAAGCAUAUGUUUGAUAACAACAGAAUCGACAAUGUCUUUGCUGACCUUUACUAUUCAAAAUUUUUGGAAAAGCUUCAUGAAGUGCUUAAAGGAUGGUGUCCGCGUGUAAAUCCAUUUGGUUACAUUAUUGCAAGCUGCAUAUCUGAAGAAAUGCUAUGGGAUUGCAAACAGUUAGGUGCCCAUUCACCUACCACAUUACUUUUCACUCUAAUGUAUUUCAAUACCAAGUAUUUUGUUUUGAAGACUGUGGAGCAGCAUUCACAACUAGCUUUCUCGAAGAUAACAAAGCAGACAAGGAAGAACCCCGGAAUAGGAAAAGACAAAAAUUGUACAAUACGAUUUUUGCGCCUCUAUGGUCAAGUUCAAAGUGGCUUAAAAGUAGCAGAAGAAACAUACGUGGAACAACUUGAAAAUCCAGAUAAUCCUUUGCAGUGUCCAAUCAAACUAUAUGACUUCUACCGCUUUAAAUGUCCUCAAGGGGCCCGAGGACCUACAGAUGCUUUCUAUUUGGUUCCUGAAGCGGUGGUUGCACCGAAUAGCCCAAUCUGGUACUCUGGACAGCCUGUGAAUGAGGAGGUGAUGGAGCAAAUGUUAACACGCAUUUUAUUGGUUAAAGAGGUCCAGGAAACACAUGCCUCAUCCCGCAUUUCAGCAUAUUAAUUACUUGCUUCUAUAUUCUUGUUUUCAGUCUUUUGUAUAUACAAAUGCAUUUUGUAAAGCAUGAUAAAACACUUAUAAUCUUUACCCUACUGUACCUUAUUCCACACGGACGCUGAGUGCUUUGACUAUACAAAGCAAUGGUUGACCAUUAUCUAUGUUAAUAUGUUUGCAAGAAGCACAUUUUGCAGAAUUGAUGUUUGUUAUGGAAUAAUUUAUGUUGGCACCACAUUGAGCACCUAUGUUACACUGUUUAUACAGUUCUGAAAUCACUUGUAUGGAGUAAAUUUUGCACUCCAAAUGGAUCACGAGUUAUCUUUUGUUUUUUGUAAAUAGAUUCAUUGUUUAACUAUUUUUCAUAUAUACAAGUGCAUACAAAGUCACUUAUCUUAAGUCUUAUAAUUAAGAAUGAUGUAUCAUGUGGAAAACUGUAUGUAUGAAAUCAUUGUUUAUACCAAGCGCUUAGCAGUUGUAUAAUUUAUUAAUCACUUUAGUGCAAUGCAGCCAUAAUCAUGUUUAUAAUGAAACAUGCUGAAAUUAUGGAAUUUUACUGUUCUUUUCCUUUAUAAAAGGAGAAUGCUUCCACAGCUAGCCAGUUUCCAAGGUAAUGCUCUGGUUUAAGCAAGUAUACAGCCAUUGCACCCCUCUGAAGUGUAACGGGAGAUGAAACACUUAACUUUUUUUUUUGUUCCACCAUUUUUCUCUGUUUUGAAAGCAAGUAUAAACUGGGUUUAUGGGAAGCUUUAGAAUUGUUGGAUUAUUUCCAGCUUUUUGUGUUUUGUUGUUGUGGAUGUACUUCGUGCCUAAGUAAAAUGUCACUACAGAUUUGACACUUUAUUGGUUAAGACCCCUUUCACACUGAUGGCAGUUUUCCGGCGUUUUAGCGCUAGAAAUAGUGCCUGUAAAGCGCCUGAAAACUGCCUCUCGUGCCUCCCCAGUUUGAAAGCCUGAGUGCCUUCACGCUGGGGUGGUGCAAUUGCGCGACGUUACAAAAAGUCCUGCAAGCAGCAUUUUUGGGGCGUUAUAGGAGCGCUGUAUACAGUGCUCCUACAUCGCCCCUGCCCAUUGGAAUGCAUGAACACGGGCGUUUUUAACCCGUUCGGCCACUAGCGGAGGUUAAAAACGCCCCACCGAUGCGGUCAUGGCCGCAGUGUGAAAGUAGCCUAAGACCGACUUUUGUGUUUGCACAGAAGGAUUGCACAUCAUGCUGAGAUAAAGACAGACAAACUAUACAACCUUACCUCAAAAUCCAGUCUUGUUGUGCCUUAACACAAUCCAGGCACUUGGAUUUCUUUCAGUGGUGACUGUAAUGUACAUUUUGAUUACUUGUGUUUUUAGUAAGUUCACUUUUACAGGGAGAUUUGUAUAUUUUCACAGAAGAUUUAACAUGAAAAUCACUGACAAAUAGGAAAAUGAGUUUGUUAUAUCUGAUGUAUGCUAGAUUUCUGGUACCUUUUUGUUAUUUAAUACAAAUUGAGCACUAAUUUUGAUUUGAAAUAAAAUUGCAAUUGAAUGUAUUAAA